ACACGCUAAGUACCACCACUAAGGAUACACGCUAAGUGCGGAACACUUAGCGUGUAUGGGCGUCUCCCCAAAGACACGCUAUAUAUCGGACCUUGACCGUAUGGUAAACUUGAACAUUCGACAAAAUCAUGCCGCAACUCUUGUCUGCGUGCGAGAGCGUAUCCCUCAGAGUGAACAGAUGGCACGCGUCGUAUGUCCACCUCAGAGCUUGCCUUCCUUAAGCUCAUUCUUCGCUGCGGCUUCACACCGUCAAAAGCCAUCAUCGCUGUCAUAAUGCUGAGCCUGCCCCAAUGUCAAUAUCCCCCACUUUGGAGCAAUAAAGCUCUCGACCGGAUCGUCAGGAUCGAACGCGAUCUCGACUAAGCUGGCGUGCAUCUUGCGGCGCAGGACCCUCGUGAGCGGCACAGAACGACGUCCGCAGAACACAAGGUCACCUGCUACCAAGGUGCCUGCAUACUUGAAAUCGCCAGGCUCACCAAGGUCGUUUGGAAUCACAACUCUGUGCGCCGCAGUGACGGUGAGAUUCGAUUCCCGCGUCCGGAGUUCAAUAACCUCGCAUAAGGACGCAUCGCGGAUGCGAAUCACUAUUGAACUUUGAUCGGCGUACCAAAUGCAUUGAGAACGGAGUCACCUUCAGUCAAAGAUUCAAUUGCAGCUGAACUUGAUUCUGAUGUCCAGACCAUUGUACGCGGCAAGAAGCACCGACUUUCUAGGGAGCCUCCUGGACGAAAUAUUGUAUUCAGUAGGGCUCCCAACGCCUCAGUCAAGAUUAUGAACGCUGGUGACUGGAGAUCCGAUGGAGGUUCGUCUUCGAACACACCAGAGGAAAUAUUCUCCUUCAGGCGAUUCAGCCGGGUCUCCCUGGAAGUGAUUUCUGAAUUAAUCAUGACGCCUUGCCACACUGCAUUCAGUCCGCAUACAGCGACGAGAGCCUUGUAAGACCCACGGAGAGUCUCGAUUUCCUUCUCGAGGUACCAGACAUGUGCAAAAAGACGUCGCUCGGAAAAACUCGCGGUCAUUUCACGAGUGGACGCUGGCAUCAAGUAGUGCAAGUCAGUGAGAGCCAUUCCCCUGUUGGUGAUUCCACAAGUGGUCCAAGUGCAGUCAUCCAUCUGAAGGCGCAACGCCCACGUAUUUUCACGAUCUGGUUCAUAAUGAAGACAGAGAGUAGCAGCCAGCUUGGAACGAAUACUGAUAAUCUCACCACGCGUCAAGACACGAACGACAGGACUGUUCAAAGAACAGCCUGCAUGGACAUCGAGCUUCUCUACGCACACAACGUAAUGUUCUGAAUAUGAUGUCAGAUGGUGAAUGGAAGCCAUAGGCAAGCACCUCCCAGCACGACCGGCAUCAGAGGGCCCAGCAUCGAGGCGAACAGUGAGCGGUGAAAAGAUUUGCCGGCAAUCCACCCAGGUCCCGUCGAUGAGUUUCAUGGCACCAGGCGUUCCCUGCCCACCCCACCAAGUCCUCUGCCAACCACCAGGUUCCCAAAUCACCUGAGCUGAUUGGAUUUCUUCUCCCACUUCCAAGGUCCGAAUCUUUUUACUGUCCGGGCCCAAACCAUCACGUGCAGAAACUGGGUGAACCGCAGAUGGAUAUGCGCGGCAACACUUAUCGGCGAACAACAUAUCCCAGCCAGCGGAAAUGCUUUUGCUGAAGCGCUGAAUGUCCUUGAUCGAACCAGAUACCAACUCGUAACUGAUUUGGGCUGCCACUUUGACGACACGCCACGUGAAGCCCAUCGCUAGAUUCAACAGUCCCGUUGCAACGCAUGCUGCUGCAUCACGCAAGGCUUGAGUCAUUGCCUUCUUCAAAAUCCAUACACAGUGAAGCUGGCAAGGUGAGAGCAACCCUUGGUCAGGACAACGGCUUGACAACGUUCAUGAUGAUUCAAAGAUCAAGGCUUGAUAAUGAUGCUAAUGAUCACACAUGACUUCGCACAAAUGUUCUCGCUAUGAGUGGCACGCUGAACAUACUUGGCUGCUCAUCAUCGUUGACGUC